AUGCGUUUACUACGAAAAUUCAAAGACGGACGAAGAGGUUUUGUAGAUAAUCAUCACGAUCUACGCACGAUAAUAUCAACGUCAUCGAGCGGUUUACCAAAGUGGCGACAAUCGCCCAUUGAUUUGAAGACGACCGAUACGUGGACUCAAAAGUUUCCACCCUUGUUAUUAACCGGUUAUUGGUUAAAAAAGGGAAAAGCGACGAUGACGAACACAGGAAAAACAGUUAACAUCGAACUGAUGGACUUGUCAACCAAUCCUUAUUUACGAGGUGGUCCACUGAACGAAGAUGAGUUUAAGUUGAAAAAUGUACAAUUUCGUUGGGGUCCAAGUGACUCUCGAGGUGCCGAACAUUCUAUAGACGGUAUAUGGUAUUCUAUGGAGGCACAAGCUCUGCAUUGGAACACUCGAUAUGGAUCGUUGGAAAAGUGUUACGACAAAUCUGACGGUAUUGCAAUACUUUCUUAUUUGAUGCAGGUCGUUGGCUGUAAAGGAAUGCCAGAUAAUCCAACAGUUGCUCGUGUUACCGAUCACUUAGCAAACAUUAAAAAAACGGGUAGCAGUAAAACCGUUACACCUGACUGUUUGUGGUGGAUACUGCAGGCGUGUGCGGCUCCAGGCUAUUUUACGUAUCACGGCUCUCUCACUGUGCCACCGUAUAACGAAUGUGUAAUUUGGAUAAUAAUUUCGCACGCGAUAAAAAUUUCUUCUCGUCAAAUGAAUGCAUUUAGAAAUAUUUAUGACUACAAGUGGGAUCCUAUAGUGAGUAAUUACAGACCGCAACAGUUAUGCUGUCGUAGACGAAUUUUAUAUGCCACUGAUUGCAGCAUAGUUUGACGAUUAAUAAAAAUUAAUUGAAGCGAUAACAGAGCCUCUGAAUUUCUUCAAGAUCGAUC